CGUUCAGUUGUUUACGCGGUAGGUUUCUACUGUAUUUUAUUUAUAUUUUUGUGCAUUGGACAAAAACACAAAAAACAUAAGAAAAAAAUAUGAGCAGUACAACAAAGUUUAUAAACGAAUUCUGUGAUAUUAUAGAUUCCUAUGGCGGACGGGAUAAGGUAAUGAAAGCGCUUUGCUAUAGCGCCAAGCUUGUGGCUGGUUACCAUCUGAAGCGAAAUCCGGACUUGGCCAAACGUUAUGCGAUUGCCAGCUCAAAGAUAUCUGGAGCUAGAGCUACGCUACGUCUUAUUGAUGAUAUACCCAUGAUACAGUAUGCACUGGAGUACGGGCUAGGAGAAAAUGAACCGGAUCGCGUUAUGGCAAUGCUGGGAGUGACUGCCAAUAUUGUGGAUUUGCUGUAUUAUCCAAUUGAGAAGAUAUGUUGGCUGUCCGAGCACAAAAUUGUUAACAUAAAACAUGCAGACAAUUGGGAUAAUGCAAAUUCAAUAUUCUGGGUGCUUUCGGUAUAUUUGAAUUUAAUGCGCACACUUCGCAACUUCUGGCUAAACCAGGAGAAACUUAAUCGCAAUCAUCAGCUUUGCAAUCCUACUAAUAUUGAUACAAAGUCGCUCGCCAAACAUCGAUUGGAAUUGAUGUCUAUAAUCCGCAUAUCCAUGGAUUUUGUGCAUGCCGUUAGUACUUUGCCUAAGGGAUAUCUCUGGGGUGGCAAAUUGUCCACUUUUCAAGUGGGCACCAUUGGCACACUGUCCGCUUGCUUGGGAAUUUAUCAAAUCUUUGCCAAGAGAAGACUGAAUAAAUAGAACUUGGCAUCUCGGAUUUAAUUGAUGGUCUGCAUUUUUAGCUAGGCCGAAAGUGUGUGGUUAUAUGUAGGAAAACAGAAAACUUGUGUACAAUUUUUGUCAAGCAGAUGUAUAGUUAUUAAAUAUUUAAGCACAAAAAUAUAAAUUAUAAACUGAAGAA